GCUGUAAGGCCCUUCUCCUUCCCCCAGGUCCAGGAAUUAGGGUCAAGAUCUGCAGGUGCAGGGCUCGCAGUGGGUGUGUCCCUUAAUCCGGGUGGUGCUGAGCCAGGGAUUCCAUCCCAGGGCCGCUGAUCUGCUGCCCUGGGUGAGGGAGGCGACAUGGAUGAGGAUGAUGUGUUCCUGGCAUUCGCACAGGGUCCCACUCCUCCACGGGGGCCCCUGCGGCGCGCCUUGGAUAGGAUCUUCCUUACCUUCCUGAUCCUCUUCCUGUCAUUGCUGAUGCUGGAGGCGGCCUUCAAGCUCCUGUGGCUGCUGCCAUGGGCGAAGGUGAGGGACUGGCUCCUGAGGACACCACCGGAGGAGGAGGGGCGGCUGGAGCUGUGACCCUCUUUCCUGCCGAGAGUCUUGCUGUAGCCUCGAACUCAUGGCAAUCCUCCUGCCUCAGCUUCCCCAGUUCUGGGAUUACGGGCAUGAUCCACCAUGUUCGGCCUAUGCUCUACUUCCAUAAACUUUUUUUUUUUUUAAAAGUCUUCAUGAGUAAAAAUCUGUGCUAUUUGUCUCUCUGUACCUGCUUAUUUCACAUACCAGGCCCUCCAGUUCCAUCUGCCUUGCCAUGAAGGGCACAUUUAGUUCCUCCUCGUGACUGUUUCAUUUCGAACAUAUGUACCACAUGUUCUUGAUCUGUGUAUCCACUGAAUAUCUGUGAUUCUUUAUUUUGGCCUUAUUAUUUACUUAGUUUUUUGAGACAGGGCCUCACUGUCAAGCCCAGGCUGGCCUCAAACUCUUGGUGGUCCUCCUGUCUCAGCCUCCUAAGUGUGGGCAUUCCAGGUGUGUGCCGCCAUGUCUGGCUCUGGUGUUAUGUAUUUUCAAUAAUAAUUCUUUGUUGGAUGAAUGGUUUACAAAUAUUUUCUCCUAUUCUGUAGGUUUCCUCUUUACUCCACUGAUUGCUUCCUGUUUUGCUUUUGGAGAUUUGAUGAGACAGGCGUGUUCAGAAUGUUAUGGCUAUAGACUGAUGGUUUCCUUUUCUGUGCAGAAACCUUUUAGCUUAUAGCCAUGAUUCUUUUUUUUCUUUUUUUUUUUUUUUUUUUUUUUUUUUUUUGCGGGAGUGCUGAGAAUCAAACUCAGGACUUAGAAUUUGCCAGAUCCUCCAAAACAUAUUUUAAAGUAAGCAUCUAAAACUCCUCAUCAUAAAAAUAUAACCGUUUCAAUAAUGUAAUUUCUAGCAUGUUGAAAAUAUUCCAACUUUGAAGCAGGACAUAUUAUCUUCUUUUUUUUUGUAUUUUUCAUUUUUAUCGGUACCAGGGAUCGAACUCACAACCACCUGCUUGCCAGGCAGGUGCUUAUGCCGCUGAGCUAAACGCCCAGCCCCUUACAUUAUCUUCUUAAAUGUGCAGAACUAAUACCAGCUACUUGAUAUCCAUCACCGCUUUUUUUUUUUUUUUCAAUUUUUGUGGGUUGUUUUUUGUGGAGGUAGGGGCUCACUACAUAGUUCAGGUUGGCCUUCAACUCAUUCUGCGGUCCGAGAUGACUUCCACUGGGGGGAUCCUCCUGUCUCAGCCUCCUGAGUUCUGGGACUAGAGGCAUGUGCCACCGUGCCUGGCCUGCGGACUAAUUUAGUAGAUUGUUCACACUUGAUCCCAGUGCCACACACUCCACAUCAAGCCACCUCUGAAGAACCCCACCUCUAACCAUGUGAGGCCUUGGGGUGACUUCCAGACACAAACUGUAAUACUCAUGCUAAACAUUCGAGUUUCGGACUUUCACAGAUACAGACCUGGAGUUACACAGAUGGGAACAAAUCACAGAAAUAGUUCAAGUAUCUGCUGGACAUUGUUAUGGUUGUACUGCUGCGUGCUUACUGUACAGUGCGACAGUACACAACUGUACACGGCUCAGAGCUGUACAGGAACGGUACCCAGAAGCUGUGACAGGGACAGUAGGAAGCAAAGCAAGAUACACUGUAUAUUUGUGUCAAAAGCAUGUAAGACUGACUUUGUCCGAGUUACAAAUGAAUCUGGGUUACCAAUGUUCUGGAGUGGAACGCGUUGAUGGGAAGGGAUAUAUAGUGUUUUUUUGAGAUAGGGCCUCACUGCGUAACUCAGGCUGGCCUCAACUUCUGGCAAUCCUGGCACAGUCUCCUGAGUGCUGGGCUCAGAGGGGUAUGCCACCACACCUGGCAGUUACAUGGAGAAAGAGAAGAAAAAUACCUUCCAUGUGAUUUUAGGACUCUAACAAUUCUUUUGAGUUAUCAUUACAGUUAAUUAUGAAAACACAAUUGAUCAAACAGAUAUGAUUAUGGAAAUUAUAAUUGUUAGGGGUUUUUUUGGUGUCAGGAAUGAAACUCAGGACCUGUUUGCCAGGCAGGCGCUAUAACGCGCUGAGCUAUGUCCUUUGUCCCUGCAAAUUAAAAAAAAAAAAAAAAAAAAAAAAAAAAAGAGUCUCGCCAUGUAGUUCAGGCAGGCCUUGAACUCAUUUGUAGCCCAGGUUGCCUUCUAAGGUGGCAAUCCUCCUGCCUCAGCCUCCUGAGAGAGCUGAGAUGACAGGCGUGUGCCACGACGAGGCUGUAAUUGUUAAAUUGCUAAAGUGGAACAUUUGAUAGGAUGGGACAGGUGAUGUUCACAGCGCCUUGAUGGAAGAAAUAGCGGAGGACUCGGGGGUCGGGGCGCUCCGGCUCUCAGCAGCUGCUGGACAGCGUCGAGGAGCGGCUGCCCGGGGGACGCUAGCCAGGAACGCAGGAAAGCGACGCUGCGAGGCGCGGGGUCCCUCCUCUCUUAAACUCUCCAGCCCUAUCUGCGGACCGCAAGGCCACGGAGCACCAACUCCCCGUUCCCCAUCCUCCUGGGCUCCGGAAGGCGGUGCAGUCCUCCGGCACGCGACCGACCGGCUGUUAGGCCCCGGACCAUAAGUUUCUGAUUGGCAGAAAAACGGAAGCGCCGGGUGAAAAGAGCUCCGAGGGCCGCAGGCGAAGGCAAUGCCGUACAGAAAAUGGCGGCACCCAAGUACUUUGUGUCAUCCUGCGGGUGAUAAGCCCCGCCCAGUAAAAAAUGGAGGGGACGGGAGUAGGUAGGGAACUGCAGGCUGAGUAGGUGGCCUGCCGUCACUUCCGGCCACAGAAAGAUUGAGUUCCGUACAACAACAUGGCACCUCUCAAGUACGUACUGGCGGAAACUCUUUGGCUUCCGGUCCGUAGUGGGGCCUGCAGUGGGAGGGGGAAGGAAGGCGGAAGGCACCAUGCGAGGUUCUAAGCUCUCCAGUGAGCGUCGACUCGAGAGACCGUUUCUGAGGUGGGGGCCGGACUGUGAGGGGAGCGAAGACGAGGGCAGGGAUAUAAGGGAGAGGAUGCUCUUCACCCUCUCCCCCCCAUUUGGACACCUCGACUCCUCCGGCUGUCUCUCGCUCCCGCAGACGAGUGUGGCCACGCAGUGCGACCCAGAGGAGAUCAUCGUGCUGUCAGACUCCGAUUAGCAGCCUCCUCCACUUCCUGUUUCUGAAAUGCAUUUGGAGGACAGUGGGAAGCCAACAGCUCCGGAAGGGAUGGACUGAGCUAAUCCUUCUUGGUGGUGUUUCUUUUAAAAUUCCAGAAACUUUAAGUUUUGCAGAGAAACAUAAAAACAAUAAAAUUCUUUUCUUAAUUGUA